GCGCCAUGCCUCAAUCCACGAGUGACGCCGGGCCAAAUUUCUGGCUCCUUCCUGCGCUUGGCUGUUGCUGCUAGUUUACGCGGCGUUUGGUCUCUCAUUCACCUGCGCAUUCAAAUAGCUUCUUUGGGACUUCUACACUCGCACCCACAUCCACAUCUUCAUCCGCCCCGCCGCACACUCUACAACCGCGACAAUGGCUGGGACCUCGAACCAAGAGAAGAUAGCUCAGCUAAGAGAAGUCUCCUUCUGGCAACUCGACCAUGACGAAGCUGCGCAACUACUCAAGAUUUCCAACAACGACGUCGCGCAGGCAGCAGAAAAGUUCUACGAUGCGGGGGACAUCUCCAACGUACGGAAGCUACUCAGCAAUUCAGUCGCAAAGUGGGACGGGACAGCUUUUGGCGCCGACAGGUACGGGCAGCAGGACGCAGGCAGCAACGGGCCUAGCUUCGACAACUACCCUCACAGCGGUGUCCAGAGCAGAGCUCCCACUCGCCCCCCGUCGCGAUCGAGCCAGCACUCCAACCUCUCCACACAUCUUGGUGAUGCGCCCAUAGAGAGCAUUGAGAUGCAAGAGUCGGGCGUGAUAGGCGGUGCGAAUGCUGCCUUUGGCCCCGCGACCAAGGAACACUACGAGACGUCGCAAUGGGCCAUGGUACCCACCACGACUGCCUAUAUUCCAGAUCCAACUCCCACCGAUCGCAUGCGUGAGCGUGAAUCGGGCAAGCCUCCAGUGCUGAAGCCGUCGCCGAACUUCAACUACCUCCCCUUGGCCAUAUCGAUUCUCCAUUCCAUUCCGCUCUUCCGCAAUGCAUUACUGUCCCCUGGGGUGACACAGAAAGAGUAUUGGUUGGGCGAUGAUUGGUGGAAAGGAAGCCCUACGGCGUCUGCGCGCGUUAUCGAUCUUACGACUGGCAUUGCGGAGUCGCAUGGGCUGGAGAUUCUGUACGAGGCGCAGCGUCUGAUGGCAUUUUUGGACAACACGGAUAGGGCGUAUGCUUCGGUCGAGUCUCUGCUCAGUUCUGAUGCAUGGAAGGAGAGUAAUCCUACAUUGGACGACCCGGACGAUGACCUACUCAAGUUCUUGCUGGUUUGGAGCUUUGCGUAUCAGAGCCAGGUGCCGGGUGCGCAGCUCGAUGGUGUUCUGCGGUCGACAGUCAAUAUCGCGAACGACCGCCAGGAAUGCUUCAUCAUCGAUGCCAACGUGACACGGAUAGACGCUAAGAAAGACCUGACGAUAUACGACGCUCUUGACGACGUCCUCUUCUCUUCCGGCGCGGGGAGUGCACAUAUCGAUGAGAUCAGCAAUGUACUCAUCAUCCGCCUGACAUCGUCGAAAACAGAUGCAUCCGACUUGGGCUGUCGAGUUCCCGCUACUCUCUACGUUGAUCGGUAUCUUGACACGAACAGGCAUAUCAUCGACUCCAUGUAUCGAGAUAUGAAGCAGUACGAGGAUCAGCUGAUAGACAUGGACACCGCGGCGCAAAGGCUGAAAUACCACACACCCAAGAACAGUGCAAAUGCCAAACAAGUGGAUUCCCUAAAACUGCUGCAGACAAGUAUGAAGGCGUUCCAGCCGAGGACGGAGGAUGAAGAAUCAAAACCAGAAGAUGCAGCGGUUCUCUCGCAAUUGCAGACCGUCUACGAGAGUAUCAAGAGCAAGCUCGAGACCCUCGACCAACAGAGCAAAGAAAUCCGCGAAACACUCAGCAACAUCUCCAACCGCUUCAAGCCCACCGUCGACGACGGCGCCGAAACCCCCCAAGAAACCCCCACCCCCAACCCCCCACAAGGCCAAUCCACCCAAGACGCCAUGAAAACCCCCUACCACCUCGCCGGCGUAGCCACCCGCCGCGACGUAGUCUACCUCCUGCACCCCGUCCCGGCCUCCGACCCACCCGCCACGCAAUGGUGGCGCAUCCAAUACGACGCCGAAUCCGCCUCCCCAACCCUCCUCCGCAACGCCGUCCCCCUCUCCGAAGUCAUCGAGCGCGCAACCACGGAAUCCGCCUCAGCCCUACUCAUCUACGCCAACGACGCCGCCCUCACUGCUGAACCCGCCCCACUGCCCACACCCCUCGCCGACUUCGUCAAAGCGGAUAACGUGGCCUUCAUGCACGAACUGCAGGCUGCCGGCACAGCGGACUGGAACGACACGUACGGUGAUGGCGCUGUGCAGCAGGAUGGCUGGCCGAGUAACCCCCCCGAGUGGGAUUACACGUGGAGCAACACGGCUACGCGCGAGUUCCGCAAUGGAUCGGCUACACUGACGCCGGAUACUGAGGUUGAUGGUGGGGGCGAGGGGGUGACGGAGAUGGUGGAGGUUAAUGGCGGGAUGGCCGCGUUGGCGGGGCUGGAGAGUAGCGCUAGUAGCGAUACGGUGGGCGCGGAGGGUAUGGAUGUCGAUGGUGUUGGUACUGGUGGGGUGGGGACGAAGACGGUGGGUAAGGUUAGCUUUAGGGAGGAUGUCGAGAUGGUGGGGGGGGAUGGGGAGGGAGUUAGGGUUCAGCAUGUGGAGGUUGCGGAGAAGAAGGGCGGUGGCGGUGGUAGCGGUGCUGGGGGGGAGAAGAUGUAUUGGUGA